CAAAUCACUCUCUGUUCUUCCACCUGAUCUCCUUCCACCUGUUCAUUUUAAAUCCACCCUCCAGCCUCUCUUCCUCAGCCGCUCUGGUCCAACGAAAAUGAAGGUCCAGCUUACUCUCCUGCUCAUCUGUAUGCUUUUGUCUGAAGUGCAGUCCCUGUUGUGCCAGUGUGUUUCUCCUGUGGGAUUUGUACAAUGUCGACAUCAAAAAGAGAUAAACUGCCCAGACCAGUGUGCCAGUUUAACUUUCUUUGUAAAACAAGAUGACUUAAAUAUGACAACAGUUGUUAAGACUUGCGGCGCCCCAGAGCUGUGUUCAAAUAAUAGCGUGAACAUGGGAGGAGUAACAGCGUCUCGGAAUGCUUACUGCUGCAACACAACCUUCUGCAACUCCAAAACACUCCCAGUUCUUACGCAGCAGCGGGCAAACGGGAAGAUGUGUUACACCUGUAUAGGUAGCGACUGCUCUCAAACCAUGGAUUGUGUAGGAGAAGAAUAUUACUGCAUUUCACAGACAGUUAAUCAGCUUGGCAAUACAUUGAAUUUAAAAGGAUGUGCUAACAAAGCUACCUGUGGCGGUUCAGGAUUUUUAAUCUCGCAGGGAAUUAACAUGGUGGAUAAUCAGUGCUGUAAAGGGAACCUGUGUAAUGCUGCUCAGAGUUUCACACUAAGUGUCAUCCUCAUGUCUAUCCCUCUGGUCUUCUCCAUCCUCUACUCCUGAACCUCAGUGAUGAAACAGUUCAAUUAAAUAUUUAUCUACAAAAAUAUAUAUAUUUUUUUAAUUUAACAUGUAAAGUGAAGAAUUUUCUCCAAAAUCGAU